UUUCUUCUGUUAACCAAUUUCACUCUUUUGGCAAUAAAAUCCAAACCAUAUCUUGAGCUUGAAUUACGCAGAGCCGCUCAAACUCGUCGACAGCGGACCUAAAAGAAAUGUCGCGUUGUUUGAGACGCGUAAAAUCUAAAUCUGUGAAAUCGUACUAGGUAUAUUAACAUUGUGUGGAUAUCUACACCGGCUUUUCUGCCAAAAAAAAAUAAAGGGUCGCCCUGAUUGCGCACACCUGUCUGGCAGGUAAGGCCGACGGAAGCGCGGUUUGGCUGCAGACUCUGAAGUCUUCUCCGGACUGUAUGUAUUAUGGCGACGCCGCUUUUUAAACCUGGUGCGCGUUGUUCUUUUAUGGUUCUCGCGAUUAUCGGCCUGUCAUUUACAUCAUGCUACAACUUUGAAAACGAGUCUGUCGAACCCGACUUGUCCCUUCACCAUGGCAAUAUCCUGAGCCCUUUGCUGAAGGCUUUGUCAGAGCAGAACCCAUGGGGAGAUUUCACACCACGAGCCAAACCCGACUCCAGAUAUGUGCGUUACAUGAAGAGACUGUACAAACUAUCAUCCAAACCGGACAGGAGUCACGAAGCCUCUCACCUGUACAACACUGCCCGUCUGAUCACGCCUCGAGAGGAGUGUCUCGAGCAAAACCGAGAGUUCUUCAUGCAGGAUAUUUCCUACAGUCUGAAUCGAGUGAGGUCUCAGGAGCAGCUGCUGAAGUCGGUCCUGCUUUACUCUUUCGACCACAACCACAUCGCCCCCUUCACGUCGCUCUGCUAUCUCGACGUGAAAGAACAGAAGCCCUCGAAGGACCAGAUGUGUUCUCCGCACUUCGGCACGCAGCAGUCGGUCCCGCUUCUCAGCUUCCGCGUCCACACCGAGAGAAGGGUCCUUCGCCGCUGGGUGGAGGUCGACGUGACCUCCUUCCUCCAUCCUCUCAUUCAAGCCCAUAAGCAAGACAUCCAUCUGCUGAUCAACCUGACCUGCGUUGAAGACAUGAUCCCCAGACCCGGAGGCCAGGUUCACAAGAGCCCAGUGGAGUUAACUCACAGAUCUCCGUCUCUUCUCCUGUACCUUAAUGACACCAGCGAGGUUGCGUACCAGAGAAGAGCCUCACGAGGUAGGAUUGUAGACCUGACAUCAAACCACUGGGAUGGAAAGUCCACAUGGUGGGAUUCGAUUUCACGAAAGAGACGAGGCACUCUAAAGAGCACCAGUUUGCCGGAAACCAGCGCGCCCAAACUCGUCCCCAUGUACGACUUCCCCACAGACGACUGUGACCUGUAUGAUUUCAAAGUGAGCUUCAGUCAGCUCAAACUGGACCAUUGGAUCAUAGCGCCUCACAAAUACAACCCGAGGUACUGUAAGGGAUCUUGUCCGAGGGCUGUGGGAUAUAUUUAUGGGUCUCCUGUGCACACGAUGGUUCAGAACAUAAUUUACGAGAAGCUAGACUCUUCUGUGCCUAGACCUUCAUGUGUGCCUUCAGAAUAUAAUCCGUUAAGUGUUUUGACCAUUGAGAACGACGGCUCCAUUGCCUACAAGGAGUACGAGGAGAUGAUUGCUAUCAGAUGCACCUGUCGAUAAGAUUCAUUCAGCUGUUGAAUUUUUUUGUGAUGCAUUGCUUUGUAAAACACUGACCUAUUUUUCUGCACUGGCCAUUCUUAUAAUGAAGAUGCUUAAUGACUUGACCACAUGUAUCAGAUAAUUUGCGGCAAUGUUUUGCUUAGCAUUACCUUUUUAUCUGAUUCAUUAAUGCUUAGAAUAUUCAAAUCAAUUAUGCAAUUGAAUUAUUUUGGUGUUUUCUUAGACACGUUUUUUUUUUCUGUAUAUAUGGGGGUAUUUAAUUGGCUUAAAGGAUAUCUUUCUUCUUUAAUGAGCAGUUGUGUUAUUUUAAGUUCGGUUCUUUCAGUUGGUGGUCUUGUCUCGCACUUUCUAUUCCUUAAACAUAAAUGACAGAAUUUUAAAUCUUCUAGUUCUGGACAGAAUAUAUAAAAAAAGUGUACUUCUAUUGUGUUAUCAGAACACUUUUACAUUGUAUUUUAAAACCAGGGAAUUGCUGACGGUUGUCUCAUGGGCAACCUCUCUCUUCUUGAUGUCCAGAAAAUAAUUUGCCUUAAUUGUGGGCAACUUGAUAUUGUGUGUAUUAAGAACGUAAUAGAUGAGAAUGUGUGUCACAUGACUAUUUAUAUAAUUUAUGUCUGUGUAAAUUAGUCGGGCUGGCUUUGGUUUCACAAAAGAAAAAAAAAAUCCCAAAUGAAAAUGUAAAAUAAAAACACAAAU